CAUAUCCACCCCUUUCUACCAGAGAGAACUCCCCAUGCGUCACGGAACGGUCUGGUUUUAAUUAAAACCACAUUGAGAAAAAGCAUAAAUCCAGCCCUCCUCUCCUCUUUUUUUCACUCUCUCCAUCUCGGGACGUGGGGGUUGUUUGGCGUAUUGGUUAGAUAUCGUAUACUGAGGUACUGGAGAGAAAUAGUUACGUUUUAACCAGCGUGUUGGACUUCAAACACGUAUUUUCUUCAGGAGGACAGUUUCAUCAGGAAGCACAAUGUCUGAGCUUAAGUACCUGAGUGGGUUUGGGAAUGAGUUCUCCUCUGAAGACCCUCGCUGCCCAGGGUCCUUACCUGAGGGACAGAACAACCCUCAGGUGUGUCCCUAUGGCCUCUAUGCUGAACAACUCUCUGGCUCCGCCUUCACCUGCCCACGGCCAACCAAUAAGAGGAGCUGGUUGUACCGUAUCCUGCCGUCCGUCCGCCACAAGCCCUACACCGCAAUGCACUGUGGGAACCUAACAGAGAACUGGGACGAAGUGGAACCUGACCCUAACCAGCUCCGUUGGAUGCCGUUCACCAUCCCCAAAUCCUCAGAGAAGAAAGUGGACUUUGUGACGGGUCUGCACACCCUAUGUGGAGCAGGAGACACCAAGUCCCGCAAUGGGAUCGGCAUCCACAUGUUCACCUGCAACACCUCCAUGGUUGACAGGUGUUUCAACAAUUCAGAUGGAGAUUUCCUCAUUGUGCCCCAGCAGGGGGAGAUUCUGAUCACGACAGAGUUUGGGAAGAUGAUGGUGGAACCCAACGAGAUCUGUGUCAUCCAGCAAGGAAUGCGUUUCAGUGUGAAUGUGUUCGGGGAGACCAGAGGAUACGUGUUGGAGGUGUACGGAGCCCACUUUGAGCUUCCCGACCUGGGACCCAUAGGGGCCAACGGACUGGCCAAUCCCAGGGACUUCCUGACUCCGGUAGCGUGGUAUGAGGACCGUGAGGUGGCCACAGGCUACACCGUCAUCAACAAGUAUCAGGGCAAACUGUUCUCCAGCCAACAGAGUUUCUCUCCCUUCAAUGUGGUAGCGUGGCAUGGAAACUACACUCCAUACAAAUACAACCUGGACAACUUCAUGGUCAUCAACUGUGUGGCCUUCGAUCAUGCGGAUCCUUCCAUCUUCACAGUGUUGACGGCCAAGUCCUCUCGUCCAGGAGUCGCCAUGGCUGACUUUGUCAUCUUCCCCCCACGCUGGGGAGUGGCCGACCACACCUUCAGACCCCCGUACUACCACAGGAACUGUAUGAGUGAGUUCAUGGGGCUGAUCAAGGGCCACUAUGAGGCCAAGGAGGAGGGCUUCCAGCCAGGAGGGGGCACUCUCCACAGCACGAUGACCCCUCAUGGCCCUGACAGAGACUGCUUCGAGAAGAGCAGCACCGCUCUCCUCAAACCAGAGAGGGUGGCCGAUGGGACCAUGGCCUUCAUGUUUGAGUCGUCGUUCAGCAUGGCGGUUACUAAGUGGGGUCUGGAGACGUGUCAGAGGCUGGACAAGAGUUACUACCAGUGCUGGGAGCCGCUACGCAAACACUUCGACCCCAACUGGAGACCAAGCAAACAGUAGAGUAGAGAAGCAGAACAGUCAUUGCUUCCCCUAGAUCACUUAAGGAGCAAAGACCCAUAAAGUCAACAUCCUGGACCUCUUUAGCUUCAUACCACUAUACCGUGGCUCAAUUCAUUCUAUCACUCAUAGCCUAAUAGUGUUUGGGUAAUUGGUGUAUGCUUGUUUGACUGACCAGUUCAUUGAUAAAAAGUUACUGGACAAAAGUGAAUGAAUAAAAAUUCCCUGGAAGAUGUA